AUGUCUAAUUAGAAUAAUAAAGCAUCAUACAUAAAACCAUUUCUUUUUGGUGGCAUUUCAGGAUGUACAGCAGUGGCUGUUAUUAUGCCUUUGGAUACAUGGAAGGUCAGACUAUAAAUUUACAGUGAAAGUAAAGGCAUAAGUCAUGGUUCAACAAAGGUUUCGCCAAUAGAUGUAGCAAGAGAGAUGUAUAAGGUAGAAGGUAUCAAAGGGUUCUAUUAGGGGUAUUAGAAAUCCUAUAUAACAUUUUAGAUUAGGAUCUGCUAUGCUUAGACAAUUAACUUAUGCCACAGCUAGAUUAGGAAUUUAUAAGGUGAUUGCAGAUUAAGUAAAGAUCAAUCAAAAAAGUAUAUAUAAUUCAAUAAACUAAUUAGGAGAUCUAAGUUUUUUAGAGAAAGUGGGUGCAUCUUCUUUUUCUGGUUUAUGUGGAGCUUUGAUUGGCAACCCAACAGAUAUUUGUCUAGUAAGAUUUUAGGCAGAUGCAACUUUACCUAUUGCAGAACGUAGGAACUAUAAAAAUGCAUUUGAUGCUCUAUAUAGAAUAACAAAGGAGGAAGGAAUACCUACUUUAUGGAGAGGAGCUACUCCUACAGUUUUAAGAGCAAUAGCAAUAACAGUAGGCUAAUUAACUACAUAUGAUGAGAUUAAACAAUGGUGUAUGAAGAUAUUUUUAAGAAAAAAAGAGACAAUGUCUGAUAGAAUCAUGUAUAAGAAAUUUAAUAAAUUAGGGCUUCAGUUGGGGCUGGUGUGGUUACAUCUGUUUUAUCAUUACCUUUUGAUAAUAUGAAAACUAAACUUUAGAAAAUGAAAGUUUAAGCAAAUGGAAAGUAUCCAUAUUCAGGAGUUGGUGAUUGUUUGUUAAAGACGAUAUAAAGAGAGAAAUUUACAGGAUUAUGGGUGGGUUUACCAGUAUAUUUUGCUAGAGUAGCUCCUUAAUCAAUAAUUAUAUUGUUGGUUUAAGAUUUGCUCCAUCAUGUAUUUGAAAAGCAUUGAUUAAUUUGUUUGUUUAUGGAUCAC